GACGUGUCAAGGACAAUGCAUGUUAAGAAUCGAUAAACCUAGAGAGUGUACGAAAAUCAACCACUUCGGAAGUCAGAAAAAUGGCGGGUUUGACAAAAAAUAAAUAUGAUGUAUAUAAAUGCUCAGCAAACGACGCCAUACAUUUCAAGCUUGUGAGAAAAGAAGAAGACCUUGAUGAUGAUAAGUCAACAUUUCUUCCAGAGAUGACACAUCAAGUGUUUGGAGAAAACGAGAGUAUAUUUGGAUACAAAGACUUGACUGUAGAGAUGUAUUACACUGCUGCCAAGUUGACCCCAUUCAUAAAUCUACAGUACAUCACAAAAAUUGUUCCAGAAUUACACGAAGGACUCCAGCCUGAUGAUGUCAUCGGGAAGCUUCAGGAGGUCAUUCCCCCUGGCUUUCUGACCAGCAGAGAUGCCUUCAUUAAUUCGAUACCUAAAGAUGCUGAAUUUAAACCCUAUGGAAAACUUGUGCAUUCAUUUACAGUUCACAAAGAGGGAAGAGACAGGCAAUUUGAAAUCUACAAGACGGGUAUUGAAGCCCCAGGUUUCCGUGAUUACCAUGAGAAAUUACAAACAUUCAUCUUGUUCUUUAUUGAUGCUGCCUCAUUCAUAGAUGUGGAUGAUGAGCGAUGGCAGUUCUUUUUGCUAUUUGAGAAAUAUAAGUACAAUGGAAAUCCAAUGUAUGCUGUAGCUGGAUACAUGACCAUAUACAAUUAUUAUGCUUACCCAGAGAAAGUGCGCCCUAGAGUCAGUCAAGUGCUAGUCCUGCCCCCGUUCCAGAGGAUGGGUCUGUGUGCUGAGAUGCUGCAGACCUUCUACAACGACGCAUACAGGAGAAAGGAGGUGCUGGACAUCACAGUUGAGGAUCCAUCAGAAAACUUUCAGAGAGUGAGAGAUUUUGUGGAUGUCAAGAAUUGCCAGGGUCUUUCAUCAUUUCAGCCAUCAAAACUCCUCAAAGGUUUCUCAGAAGAAAUGCAGAAGGAGGCCAGGGAAAAAUUCAAACUCAAUAGGAGACAAGCUAGAAGGGUGUACGAGAUUUUGCGGUUGAAGGCAACGGACAUGAGUGACAAAGAACAGUACAAGUCAUACCGACUGGAUAUGAAGAAGAGGCUCAAUGCUCCAUUUCAGAAAAAUGGUCGAGAUUUUGACAAACUCAAGAAUGUUCUACGUCCAGAUGAAUUUUCCGCCACAUUAAGCUCCAUCACAGAGGAUCAGAGACACCAGUAUUUAGAGUCCACAUUUCAGGAAAAUGUAGAAACGUAUCGAAAAGUUAUAGAUCGAUUGGCAACACAUUAAUCUACAGAUUCUGCGUAAGUUCUGUGAUUGUUUUGGCAACGGAAAGUUUGUGCAUCUCAACAUUUACCUGAUGGAAACUGGUAUUUUCUUUUUGGUUGUUUGGGGAUUUUCAAAUAGGGGGAGGUCAAAAUUAAUAUCUCAUUACAUAAUCAUUGUUGUUUCAUAAAGUGAAGAAUUGUGGAAAAAAACACCUAUAAAUUGUGGUAUUUUCUAGUCCCAGUGUUGUCUAACAAAACACUACCUGUACAUCACCACUGCUCAUUUUGCAGUAAAAGCAGGUUUUGUGGACUGUUAUAGUGUGUUCAGUUUAUAAAACUAAAGCUAAAACAUCCAUUUUCUUUCAUUUUCUAUUACUAUAUGAUCUGUAUAAAUGGUUAUGUUGUUAUGUGUAUGUGCCUUGACAUUUUAUCAUUUGACUUUGCACUUGAUGAGUUUAUCUACAUGUCCUUUAUUUUCCCUGCAUGGCUGUGCAAAGUACAUGUACUUGUGUACUGAAUUGCUGAUUUCAAAGUAAAAACGCAGAAUAUAUAAGAUCAAAAAGUUAAAGUCAACAAAAAUUAGGUGAAGGUCAUUAAUGAAAGUCAAAUAUGCCACCACAAUUACAGAUGAGAUGUAAUUUAUUUGGUUUGUUUAGUGUUUUAUUUUCUGUUAAUGAUGUGUAAACCACACAUUUUAUUUGGCAUUUGAUAUUGAUGCUCUGCUUAUGAAUAUUGAUUUACCUCAUGAAUUCUAAAAAAAAGAUAUUUAUACACAAUUAUGUGAGAAGAUUGUAUAUUUAGUGCCAUGUUUGUCUUUUUAUUUGGGACUACAUUGUACAGAACUGGUGUAAGUGUUCUAAUAUCCCUUUCAUUGUGCUGCAAACAGCUGCUCAUCUUUUAAGUACAGAAAAGGUAGCUUUAAUAAUUGAUGGCAAGUAGACUAAAGUCUCUAGGGUACCAUGUAGUAAAUGGUCUCCAUGUAUCAUACAUAUACAUUUUGUAUUUAUUUUUGUCUUGUGUAAAAGGUGAUGAAAUAAGGGCGAAUGAAAUAUUCUUCAUCUGUUCUCAAUAAAUUGAAACUAUGACCGUUUUA